AUGGAAUGUACAAUACCAUCAUUUUCAAAUUUAACUGUUCAAUCUAAUUUUAAUUUACAACAGUUUCUUGGUAGAUGGUACGAAAUAAAAUGGUUAUCAGAUGAAUAUCAUAAUGAAUCUUCUAUAUGGCGUGAUUAUUCUCAAUUAUUUCAAUUCGAAAAUAAUUCUAAUCAACGUCUACUCGUAUUCGGUAAAGCACGAUUAAUUAAUGAAGAAAAUUGUUUUUCAUUUGGUCCAUGGUUAAUUGUUGCAAAUAAUAGUGCAAAAAUGAUUGUUGAAACAAGAGAUCUUAAUAGCACUACAAAACUGAAUUGGCCUUAUGUUAUAUUAAGCACAGAUUAUAUUAAUUAUGCAUUAAUUUAUGGAUGUAUGUCAAAAAAUUAUAUACAAGAUAAUCCAUGUGAUGAUUCCAUAGUAUGGAUAUUUAGUCGAAAAAAUUCUCUAUCAGAUGAAUAUUUAAAUCCACUUCAUAAUAUUAUUGAAAAUAUCUUAUGUAUUAAUUUAACAAAACUUGAAAAAACUCCACAUAGUGAAAAAUCAUGUUAUGACUUACCAUCAUUAGGAUUAAAAAUUUAUCCAAUGAACAUAAUUAUUUUUAUAAUUUUACCUAUUUUAUAUUUAUUUCUAAUAUACAAAUAA